ACAGGCUCUCUUGGACUUGUGUAUGGAGGUGUUGCAGGCGUCAUCCGGUCUCCUAAUCCGGUGAUCCAUUCUCUCUCUUAUGGUGUUCAGUGGGCUGCAACUGGGAGUUUCUUCUGGUUCCUGAGAGACAAUAUAUUGAAGCUUCAUUUUGAAAACAAGGCCGAUUCAAAGCAACUUGCUUAUGUCAGCGCUCUGUCAGGGGGUGUUUCUGGCGGCACUGUUACUCGAUUACUAGGGGGUCGACUAAUUCCAGGAGUGGUGUUCUUUUCGGCACUAGGCUAUUUGGGUCAAAGUACUUAUAAUGCGAUCGACGCAUGGCAAUUAGAAAAGGCCAACACGCCAUCGAAGCCGAUCCUCCAGCGGAUCGCCGAUUCGAAAUGGAUUCCGCUCAAGUCGCUCUCAGAUGACGACUACAGGGGGAUUCUGCGUGAGAAGCUCCUCAGCAUUGAGGCUGAGAUUGCCCUUUUGGACGAAAAAAUCGAAGGGCUUGAGAAGCUCAAAUCGCAAGGGUUGGACUUGCCCUCGUCCGACUCUGAAACCAAAUGA